UUAAAUAAUAAUAUUGAUAAAAAAAUAAAAAGAAAGAGGGGGGAGAGGGAAGCAUCUAAGUUGUAGACUUCCAACUUUAACAAUUCAAUUCUCCAUAAGCAGCUCCUUCUGUAGGCGCUCGCGUUCUCUCUCUCUCUCAACAAAAAUGAAGACCAAUACCAACACCAAGCUCAUACUUCUCCAUCCCUCGAUCCAUGCCAAGCAAAACCCUAGUGGCGGUUCCCACCGACUCUGGCUCAUCUUCUUCGUAACCUUCUUCACUUUAGCGUUCACUAUAACCCUCUUCAAUUCCACCAUCCCCACCGGUGCAGCACUCCGCAACCAUGCCUCAUCCUCCUUCGGCGGUGUCGAUUCUACUGCCCCUCUCCCACGCUCGGUCGCCGACGCCUUACUCCACUAUGCUUCCAUGUCCAACACAACUGGCUUCGGAGCUGCCAUGACCUCGGCCGAGAUCAACGCCAUCGCUGCCGCACUACGCCACUGUGGCGCAGCCCCCUCCGGCUGUAACUUUCUCAUCUUCGGUCUCACCCACGAAUCCCUUCUCUGGCAAGCCCUGAACCACAACGGCCGCACGGUGCUCCUCGACGAGAGCGAGUUCCUCGUUUCGAAAUUUGAACAGUCCCACCCGGGGAUCGAGGCCUACGACGUGCAAUACACAACGAAGGUCAAGGAAUCGUCGAGCCUCCUCGCGGCGGCGAAAUCUCAGGCCCAUGAUGAGUGCCGUCCGGUUCAGAACCUUCUCUUCUCAGAUUGUAAACUGGGCAUCAACGAUUUGCCCAACCAUAUAUACCAAGUCCCUUGGGACGUUAUUCUCGUUGAUGGACCAAGGGGAUAUUUUCCGGCGGCACCCGGCCGGAUGUCCGCAAUAUUUACGGCCGGAAUUCUGGCCCGGAGUAAGAGAGAUGGUGCAGCGAAGACCCAUGUGUUUGUUCACGAUUUUGAGAGACAGGUAGAGAGGGUUUUCAGUGCAGAGUUUCUCUGCGAUGAGAAUUUGGUUGAGACAAUCGAUUCUUUGGGGCAUUUCGUUUUGGCUAAAAUGGUGCCUCAGAGUUCUAGAUUUUGUGCGAAUUCGACAACGUUAUCGUUUUCUCCGACAAAGACGUCUUUGUCGUCCGGCUAAGUUAUCGUCGACGACGAUUGAUUAUUUCAAAACGGGAAAUUGUAAUUAUGUUUUCCAUUGUAACAUUACAUAGUUUUUUUUUUGCCUCUAAAUUUAUUCUUAAUUACAUUGUAAAUUAUAUUUAAAAAAAAAAUGGGGACGCGGUAAGUACUGUUUCAAGUGUUUA